AUGAGUAUCAAUGUGCAGCUUCACGGGGGAGUGGUGCCUUAUCUCGUGUCUCCGGUUGAAAACUUCUUCUUUCUGAUUCGCCACGUGGAGCUCGCGGUCGAGAGCGGCAAUGGGUAUCCGGGACAAGGUGGCUGCUUCUACGGCGGCGAAGGGCGCUGCUACGUAUCGCAGUACCGCCUCGUAUUCGUGUCGGAUGCGGCUCGAGAGAACAGUGCGUAUCAGUCCUUUUCACUGCCGUUCUAUGGCAUCCGCGACUGGACUUUCGACGUAAGCAUAUUCGGGGCAAAGAGCUGGAAGGGACACGUGAAUCGUGUUCCAGGUGGAGGGCUGGUAGGGAUUGGGAAGUUCACGGUGGAUUUCUUGGUAAGCUUAAGUCUGUGUGUAACUAUGGCUUUGAUGAGUUUCGCAACCACCUGCUUCCGUUGCUGGAGAACUCGAGACCCCUGCAUCGUCAGUUCCGUGAUCUGACAACUCCGUCCGUGCUGCUGGUACCAGGAAAAUUACAAGAGCAUGGUGACGAUGAUUCACGCCGCCUUGCUUACUGUUCUGCAGCUGACCCUAU